GGGGGGUCGGCGGCUGCUGCGUGUCCGCUUCCGGGGCGGUUACAAUGUAGCCAGGCCCGCGGCGGGCGCUCGCUUCCCCCGGGGCGAGAAACUUCCCGGCCCCCCCCCGCGCCGCCGCCGCCGCCUCCCCCCCCGGGCCGGGCUCGGUCCGCCCCCCCCCGACACCCUUCCCCCCCGGAGGGAGCGGCCAGGCCCGGCUCCGUCGGAUGCGGAUCAAAGGCGACGCCGGAGCAGCUCCCUUUGUGUCUGCCCCGGGAUCCGGCGCCCCGCUCGCGCGGGCUGGGGGGCGCCCGAGGGGGCCGCGGCCGUGCAGCCCCCCCCCCAGCCAGGGCCGAGGAGGGCUGGGCCCUUGCCCCCCCCACUCCCCGCGGUGUGACCCCGGAUUUGGAGCUAGCCGCGUUUCCACACCGCCGAAUUCCGCUGCGGGUGACGCUUUGUUUUUUUUUUUUGGGGGGGGGGGAAGGAAAAUCAGACCCCCCCCUUUUUUGGGGGGGUGUUUUAAUUAUUUCGUGGACAAUGUUCUCCGCGGCCGCCCGCCGGCGGCUGGCGCUGGGUGCGGGUUUCUGGACGGCCUUGUAACGCGGUCUCUCAGGGAGGGACGGCAGGAGACGGGAUGGAUGAUCGGAAACCGCCCAGCCAGGCCAAAGACUGUGAGGUGCCAGCCGACGGGGGCGCGUCUUCAGAAGAGCGGGGUGGCGUGGAAGGAGACCCCCUGAAGCCGCCGGAAGGGGCCCCCGCUGCCCCGGAACCGGAAGCCAAGGAGCCUCCCCAGGCCUGUGGUGCCCUGCCCAGGCGUUGUGCCCUCUGCAACUGCGGCGGGUGGAGCUUGCAUGGGCAGCGGGAGCUCCAGCGCUUCGAGCCGGCGCCCGACUGGAACAAGCGUCUCUCCGAGCUGCCGGACGGCAGGGGCCCUGGCGAGGCUCGGGGCACUGGGGACGACCUGUCCCUGAUCGGCUUCGCGGAGGGGGUGUCACCAGGGGAGCUCUUCGAGCCAACGGGGCACUGCUGGGCCCACCACUGGUGUGCGGCCUGGUCGGUGGGGGUGCAGCUGCAGGCCGGAGCCGGGCUGAGCGACGUGGGCAAAGCUGUUUUCUCAGGGAUCUCGCAGAAAUGUGAACACUGUCGGAGGAUGGGUGCUACCAUUCAGUGCCACUCGGAGGGGUGUCCGCGGCAGUACCACUUCCCGUGCGCGGCGGCCAGCGGCGCCUUCCAGUCCAUGAAAACCCUCCAGCUCCUGUGCCCGGAGCACGUGGCCGAGGCGGUGCAGAUGGAGGACUCGCGAUGCAUGGUGUGCGACGGGCCAGGGGACCUGCGCGACCUGCUCUUCUGCACCAGCUGCGGCCUGCACUACCAUGGCACCUGCCUGGACAUCCCCGUCACGCCACACAAACGCUCUGGCUGGCAGUGCCCCGAGUGCAAAGUCUGCCAAACGUGCAGACAGCCCGGCGCGGACUCCAUGAUGCUGGUGUGCGAGGCCUGUGAUAAGGGCUACCACACGUUCUGCCUGAAGCCGGCCAUUGAGAGCCUUCCCACGGACUCCUGGAAGUGCAAGAACUGCCGGGUGUGCUCCGACUGUGGGUCGCGGCCGGCAGCGCUCGACCCCGGGUGCCACUGGUAUGAGAGCUACUCGGUGUGCGAAGGAUGCCAGCGGCACCGGAGCGCGGCAGGAGGCACCGAUGCCGCCCGGUGCUGCCAGAGCUGCCAGAAGCCCUUGCCCCCGGAUAGCAGUGAUGCGGCAGGGGGUUCCGCCUGCCCGGCGUGUCAAGGGCAGCAGAAACACCCGCAGCUGGAUGGGGCCGUGCCCCAGGAAGAGAUGCCCUCGGGGUGUGAAGCCAAACCACUAGGUCCCGCUCCGGAGCCGGAGGAGGCGCCAGGCCCGGCAGCACCUGCUAAGGACGAGGCGAUGGAGCCGACACCCCCCGAGAUGGCCCCUGAACCGCCAGCCCUGCCCCCGGCCCCUCCAGACCCCGCUGUUGCCGCAUCGCCCGCCCGCUCCGAGGAGCCGCCACCGGAUGCCAAAGAGGAACCGGCCCCCAAGCAGCCAGCGGGACCCCCUGCCAUCACCGCGGCCCCGCUGGAGCCUGCAGGCAGCUCCCAGCCCCCCAUGGACAAGGAGCCUGCCUCCCCACCCCGGACAGAGACACCCCCCACAGUCCCUCUGCCAGGCUCCCCUGCUCCCCAGCUGGGCCCCCCACAGCCCAGGGAAACGAUGGAGUGUGGGGAGGAGGAGAGGAUGGACACAGCAGGGGGCGAGGCGGGGUCCCUGGCCAGCCCCGCCGGGGAUGGUGCCCAGUCCACCCCAGCUGUGGCCCUGGGGCCGUUCCCAGGCUUGGCACAGCAGGAAGAGGAGGAGGGAGCCGCUGGGCCAGAGCAGGCGGGGGCCGGGGGGAGGUGCUCUCCCCCACUGAGUGAGGACGGGCUAGAGGAGAGCCGGGGUGGGGGGGACCCUGAGUCCAGCCAGACCCCGGUCAGCUUCACCAGCGAGCCUAAGGGGUCCCCCAUGCUGCUGGAGCCCGAGGAGCUGGGCCCGGCCACCCCGAUGGAGGUGUAUGGGACGGGCGGAAAGCUGCUGGAGCGUGGGGAAGAGGGGGGCCCCGAGCCCCCCGUCCUGCGGCCCCGUCCCACCCUCAUCAAGUCGGACAUCGUCAACGAGAUCUCCAACCUGAGCCAGGGCGACACCAGAAGCAGCUUUCCUGGCUCGGAGCCCCUGCUGGGCUCUCCAGACCCUGAGGGCGGGGGCUCUCUCUCCAUGGAGCUGGGCAUGACCUCCACCGACAUCAGCCUGCAGAAGGACGACGCCGGCUCCCUGCCCCACUGCACCGACUCGCUGGCUGAGACGGAUGACUCGCUGCUCUUUGAGCCCGGCACUGGGGCCAAGGGCGAGGGGGAGAAGGGGCGUCGGCGCAGCUCCCCGGGGCGCUCCCGCGUCAAGCAGGGUCGCAGCAGCAGCUUCCCAGGGAGGAGGCGGCCCCGAGGCGGGACCCAGGGGGGCCGGGGCCGGGGCCGAGCUCGGCUGAAGUCGACCACCUCGUCCAUUGAGACCCUCGCGCUGGCGGAUAUCGACAGCUCCCCCAGCAAGGAGGAUGACGAGGAGGAGGACGACACCAUGCAGAACACUGUGGUGCUUUUCUCCAACACGGACAAGUUCGUUCUCAUGCAGGACAUGUGCGUGGUGUGCGGCAGCUUCGGGCGCGGGGCGGAGGGGCACCUCCUGGCCUGCUCCCAGUGCUCCCAGUGCUACCAUCCCUACUGCGUCAACAGCAAGAUCACCAAGGUGAUGCUGCUGAAGGGCUGGCGCUGCGUGGAGUGCAUCGUCUGCGAGGUGUGUGGCAAGGCCUCGGACCCCUCGCGCCUGCUGCUUUGCGACGACUGCGACAUCAGCUACCACACCUACUGCCUGGACCCACCGCUGCACACCGUGCCCAAGGGCGGCUGGAAGUGCAAGUGGUGCGUGUGCUGCGUGCAGUGUGGGGCGGGCUCCCCCGGAUUUCACUGUGAGUGGCAGAACAACUCCACGCACUGCGCCCCCUGCGCCAGCCUCGUGACCUGCCCCCUCUGCCGGGCGAAGUACGUGGAAGACGACCUGCUCAUCCAGUGCAGGGACUGCGACCGGUGGAUCCACGCAGUGUGCAGCAAUCUCUUCACGGAGGAGGAGGUGGAACAGGCAGCAGACGAGGGCUUCGACUGCAGCUCCUGCCAGCCCUACGUGGUCAAGCCAGUCGUUCCCGUCGCCCCCCCAGAGAUCAUCCCGGUGAAGAUCAAGGAGCCGGAGCCCCAGUAUUUCCGCUUCGAGGGCGUCUGGCUGACGGAGACGGGCAUGGCCGUGCUGCGGAACCUGUCCAUGUCCCCUCUGCACAAACGCAGGCAACGCAAGACCCGGCUGGGCCCCCUGAAUGGGGAGGGGGGCCUGGAGGGCGGCGACCCCCUGGGUGCGGAUGAGAAGAAGGACGGGGAUCUGGACGCGGACGACCUGCUGAAGGGUGAAGGGGGUGUGGAGCACAUGGAGUGUGAGAUCAAGCUGGAAGCUGCUGCCAGCCCCGACCGGGACGGGGGCGCCGACGUGGACUCGGGGAAGGGGCUGGAGGAUUCGGAGGAGUGCAAGAAGAGGAAGCGGAAGCCGUACCGCCCUGGGAUCGGCGGGUUCAUGGUGCGGCAGCGGAAGUCGCACACCCGGCUGAAGAAGGGCUCGGCGGCACUGGUGGAGGCAUGUCGCGAGGUGCUGAGCGCCGAGGGGCACCCGGAGGACGUGGCGCCGGCGGAGAUCCCAGCGGAGGGCGCUGCGGAGCAGGGUGCCACGGAGGUGGACGAGAAGAAGAAACGCAGAGGCAGGAAGAAGAGCAAGUUGGAGGAUAUGUUCCCUGCCUACCUCCAGGAAGCGUUCUUCGGGAAGGCGCUCAUGGACCUGAGCCGGAAGGCCCUGCUGGCUGCGGGGGGUGUAGGGGAUGGAGCUGCCUGCCCCCCCUUUGGCCAGGGUGCUCCCAGACCAAGGGUGGACCCUGGGGUGCCCGGCACACUCCAAAAGGCGCCCGGAGAUGGGAAGGAGACCCCUGCCCAUCUGAAAGGGGACAGCAGCAUGGACAGCAGCACCCUGGUGGCCCAAGAGGAGGACCCGAAAGGGGCGGAAGCGAAGGCCGAGGACCCAGGGGCAGAGGAGCCGAAAGGUUCUCCGGAUCCUGGGGACAGCGAGAAGCCGGCGACGCCCGGCGAGGGUGCUCUCAGCUCCGACCUUGACAAGAUCCCCACAGAAGAAUUGCCCAAGAUGGAGAGCAAGGACAUCCAGCAGCUCUUCAAGGACGUGCUGGGCUCUGCCGAGCGGGAGCAGCAGCUGAGCUGCAUGGCAGCAGGGAUGGAGGCCAGCAUGGGAGGGCGAGACGCCAACCGGGCACAGCUCUCCCAGAGGCCCUUCCUGCAAGGGAGUGUUUCUCUGGGCUCUCUCUCCUCCACUGUCCCCAUGGAGUCCUACUCAGGAGUCUGCCAGUCCCCAUUCCUCGAUAACAGGGAGAGAAGUGGCUUCUUCAGCCCAGACCACUGCGAGCCCGAGAGCCCCUGGGCCAGCAGCUCGGCUGCCACCACCCCCUCCACGCCCACCACCCCCACCACGGAGGGUGAGGGGGAUGGGCUCUCCUACAACCAGCGGAGCCUACAGCGCUGGGAGAAGGAUGAGGAGCUGGGCGAGCUGUCCACCAUCUCGCCCGUACUCUAUGCCAACAUGAACUUCCCCAGCCUCAAGCAGGAUUACCCAGACUGGUCCAGCCGCUGCAAACAGAUCAUGAAGCUCUGGAGAAAGGUCCCUGCCCCGGACAAAGCCCCCUACUUGCAAAAGGCCAAAGAUAACCGGGCGGCUCAUCGCAUCAACAAGGUGCAGAAGCAGGCCGAGAGCCAGAUCAACAAGCAGACCAAAGGGGAGGUGCUGCGCAAGCCUGAGAGACCCGCGCUGCACCUGAGGAUCCCGCCCCAGCAGGGGGCGCUGCCUGGUGCUGCGGGGCAGCCUGUCUACAUCAACAGCCCGCUGGCCCUGCCUGGCUCCACGGACGGGUUCCUGAAGUCCCCUGCUGGCGCCGAAGCGGGGGCCGAGUCCAGCGAGCUCUCCCUCAAGCUUCCUUCCCAAGUGCCUUCGCACGACCCCUACAGCAUGGCCCCCACCUACCCGCUGGAGCCCCGCUUCCCCUCGCCCCUGGGCCAGAGUCCCACUGCCGGAGCUGCCUUUCAGCCCUUCCCCACACAACAGCAGCAGCAGCUCCUGCCCACUCCCCGGCCGGCCCUGGGCCCCCAGCCUCCGGAGUUCCACCCCACCUCCCCUGGACCCCCCCGGCACCAGCCCUCCACCCCAGACCCCUUCCUGAAACCUCGCUGCCUCAGUGGCUCUCUGGACAACCUGUCGGUGCCAGGGAGCCCUGGGGCCAGGCCCCCCGAGCCGCUGCUCUCACCCCCUCCGUUCGGGGAGCAGAAGCGGAGCCUGGAGGCUGGGGGGCUGCAGGUGAAGAAGGAGGAAGGGGGCCCGGGAGUGUGUUCUCCUGGCUACGUGGCUGCCAUGGGCUACGCCGAUUCCCCGUCCCACCUCUCCUCCGCCGAGCUGAAGGCGGCCGACGUGUUCAAAGCCCCCCUGACCCCACGGGUCUCUCAGGUAGAGCCACAGAGCCCAGGGCUCGCACAUCCGCAUCCCCAGGCUCUGGCCCCCUCACCUCCCAGCCACCCCGACCUCUACAGGCAGUCGCCCUCCGUGUCCUGCUACUCGGAUCCCUAUGCCCAGCCCCCCCUGACGCCCCGGCCACAGCCCCCCGAGAGCUGCUGUGCCCUGCCCCCCAGGUCCUUGCCUUCUGACCCCUUCUCCCGCGUCCCCGCCAGCCCACAGUCCCAGUCCAGCUCCCAGUCCCCCCUUCACCCCCGGCCACUCUCCAAUGAGGCUUGCUGUCAGUCACCCGUCACCCCUCGCUUCCAGUCCCCCGACCCCUACUCCAGACCCCCCUCGCGCCCCCAGUCCCGGGACCCCUUUGCCCCCCUGCACAAGCCCCCGCGGCCCCAAAUGCCUGACUCCGGCUUCAAAUCGAUCCCAGUCUCCCACAAUCCCCCAGCUGGUGGGGGCUUCCCUCCAGCCCAGCCCAGUGACCCUCACUCCAAGGGGCCGGGAAGCCAGCAGCCCCCCUUUGCCCGCUCCCCUGGAGCCAGCGUCUUCCCUGGCGCCCCGGCGCAGAUGCGGUUCACCUUCCCCCCAGCUGUCUCGGAGACCCUCAAGGGUUCCCCCUCCCACCAACCCCACGGGAUGAACAGCCAUUUCACCUCUAGCCAGUCCGUGGGCAAGCCCCAAAGCACCAACUAUGCCUCCUCGCCCGGCUUCCACCAGGCCGGUAGCCCCCUGGGGCCUGGCAACUGCCCUGCUGAAACCUACAGCCUCUCUCCCCUGCGGCCCCCCUCGGUGCUGCCACAGCAACCCCCCCACCCCCAGCAGCAGCAGGACAGCUCCCUGACCUACUUGCCCCGAGCCGGGAUGGCGCUGCCAGCUGACAAGCGGGACGAGGUGGUGUCGGGGAUCUCUGCUCUCCCCAGCCGGGAGCUGCCUGAGCUGCCCGUCAGCCAGGAGGGCACCCUCGGCAGCAUCAGCCAGUCGGAGCUGGAGAAGCAGAGGCAGCGCCAGAGACUCCGCGAGCUCCUCAUCCGCCAGCAGAUCCAGAGGAACAACCUGCGGCAGGAGAAGGAGAGUGCGGCUGCCGCCACCAGCUCCUCCCAGGCAGCGUGGAGUGCCGAAGCCAGCAGCCCGGCCUUCGAGCAGCUCAGGGGCCUGGCACCCUACCAGCCAGCACAGGACAAGAGCGCCCUCGGGAAUCUGCCCGCAGCCCCUGGUAGCAGCAAACUCUCUGGGCCAGUUAUGGUGCCCGUGGCCUUCGCACCGGACGAACGGCUUUCUCGCCCGCCGCCUGCCGCCACGCCCUCCUCCAUGGACCUCAACGGCAGGCCGGCGGUGGGAGCCCCCCAGACCUUCUUCCCACGCGGCAUGUUCCAGGGGCCCUCGCCGCAGCAGCAGCAGAUGUGGCAGCAGCAGGCAGCCGUGCGGCUCCCCAGCCCGGCCCGCUUCCAGCAGCCGCCUGGCCACGAGCUCGGCCGGCCGGCGCUGGGGGGCCUGGCUGGGCGCGUGCCGGGCCCUGCCGAGCAGAUCCCAUCCUCGCCCGGCGCCAUGGGGGCCCAGUUCAUUGAGCUGCGGCACAACUCCCAGAAGGGGGCAGCCGGGGGCAUGGGCUCCCCCUUCGUCCAGCAGGGCCCCCCGGCCAGGCCACGCUUCUUCCUGCCCGGCGACGAGAGCUCCAGCCAGGCCCUGCGUGCCUCUGUCAUGCCUCUGGCAGCCCCGGUCCUGCAGCCCCCGAAGCUGCCGGCCCCUCUGCCACCCUCUGCUUCUUCCCCGCAGGGGGCUCAGCGGAGCCACCAGCCUCCCCCCAAAAGUGGCCCUCCGCUGCCCCCGCCUGCCAGCGGCCUGGAGCUGCAGCACGGGCCGCCCCGCCCGCUGUCGUCCACCAGCCUGCGCCCCGAGGGCCCCAAGGACAGCCCUGCCAUGGAGCCCCCGCUGGCUCCGGCCCCGGCUCCAGCUCCCAGCAAGAGCCACCUGGCGCUGGAGGGCGGGCGGCUCCCGUGCGAGGUGCCGGGGGAGCCCGACCUGGACGACGACUUUGACUCCCACAAGGACCUGGAGGACGACGACCUGGCCAACCUGAGCCUGGACCCGGACGUGGCCAAGGGGGACGACGACCUGGGCAACCUGGACAACCUGGAGACCAACGACCCCCACCUGGACGACCUGCUGAAUGGCGACGAGUUCGACCUGCUGGCCUACACCGACCCCGAGCUGGACACGGGCGACAAGAAGGACAUCUUCAACGAGCACCUGCGCCUGGUGGAGUCGGCCAACGAGAAGGCUGAGCGUGAGGCCCUGCUCAAGAGGGAGCCAGCUGGGCCCUGCCCCAAGGGCCCUGGGGAGCCCAAGGAGCUGGCACCCCCCAGGGAAGGGCUGGCGCCUGCCCCCUGCCCCUCCAGCACGGCACCGGCUCCCCACCCGACCUUCAAGGCCCAGGCCAGCAUCCUGGAAGCCAAGCCAGCCUCCCUGCCGGCCAGCGUCCAGCCCAAGCUGGAGGAUGGCUGCCUGAAGACAUCCCCCUGCCAGUUCAACGCCGGCACCUCUGACCGCCUCCCGGUCCCCAUCAAGUCGGAGGCCCUCCAGGGGGCCGAGAAAAUGGCUGCCUCCCUAGGCCUGACGCUCAAGCCUGGCCAGAACCUCUUGAAUCCCGGAGCGGGGCCCGUGCGGCUCGGCACAGCCCCCUUCCCAAACAACGGCCAACCUGCCACCUCUGGCUCAGACAAGGGCUCCUACGCUGCUCCGGGCCGCGGGCUGGCAGCCAGCCAGAGCAGUGCCCUGCUGGAGCUGGAUGGAGGGGCCUUGGGUCUGGCCAACGCCCAGCACUCGCCGGCUGAUGACCUAGAGAAGAUGGAGAGCUCCCUGGUGGCCAGCGAGCUGCCCCUGCUCAUUGAGGACCUGCUGGAGCACGAGAAGAAGGAGCUGCAGAAGAAGCAGCAGAUGUCGGCCCACCUGCCGGGGGGCGCCCAGCACCUCCAGACUGUGCAGCAGCACUCCAUUCUGGCUCACCCUGCGGGGCCAGCCCAGCCCCCAGGCGGGCAGGCUCCCCGCCUGGUGGGGCCCCAGCAACAGCUGCAGCUGGGCCUCAUCGCCAGGCAGCAGAACCUGGUGCCCACCCAACAGCUGAUGACGCAGCAGCAGCGGAUGGUGGGACCCCAGCAGGGCCAGGUGCUGGCCCCACACAUGGCGCAGCCCCAGCCCCACGUCCUCGCCGCCCAGCACGGCGUCCAGCCGGCGCUGACCCCGCAGCCAAACCAGCAGCAGGUGCUGGUGCAGAAGCAGAUACCUGGGGUGCAGCCGACCCCCAUGGGCAUGAAACCCCAGCAGCUUGUCAUGCAGCAGCACCAGCUGGCCAACAGCUUCUUCCCUGACACAGACCUGGAUAAGUUUGCGGCUGAGGACAUCAUGGACCCCAUUGCCAAGGCCAAGAUGGUAGCGCUGAAGGGCAUCAAGAAGGUGAUGGCUCAGGGAAGCAUUGGGGUGGCCCCUGGGAUGAACAGGCAACAGGUGUCCCUGCUGGCUCAGCGGCUCUCGGGAGCCACGGCCACGGCCGAAAUGCAGAACCACGUCCCAGCUGGGAGCGGACAGGAGCGAAGUGGCAGCGACCCGUCUCAGACCCGCCCCAACCCACCCACCUUCGCUCAGGGCGUCAUCAACGAGGCCGACCAGCGGCAGUACGAGGAGUGGCUCUUCCACACCCAGCAGCUCCUGCAGAUGCAGCUGAAGGUGCUGGAGGAGCAGAUCGGCGUGCACCGCAAGUCCCGCAAGGCCCUGUGCGCCAAGCAGCGCACCGCCAAGAAGGCCGGCCGUGAGUUCCCCGAGGCCGACGCUGAGAAGCUCAAGCUGGUGACAGAGCAGCAGAGCAAGAUCCAGAAGCAGCUGGACCAGGUCCGGAAGCAGCAGAAGGAGCACACCAACCUGAUGGCCGAGUACCGCAACAAGCAGCAGCAGCACCAGCAGAGUGCCGCCGCUCUGGCCCUCAGCCCCUCGCAGAGCCCCCGGCUCCUGGCCAAGCUCCCGGGGCAGCUGCUCGCCACCCACGGUGUCCAGCCACAGCUCCCCCAGCAAACGGGGUCCAUGGUGGGGGCGCAAGGCCUGGGCCAGCAGCCCAACCAGCUGGCAGGGCAAGCAGGCGGCGUGCGCUUGCCCCAGGGCGGCGUCUCCAUGGCGGUCCAGCAGGGCCUGUCCUUCCUGGGCAACGCCGCCGUCCCCAGCACGUCCAGCAGCUUCUUCCCUGGGAGUCCCGCGCUCCGGGGGCUGGCCGCCGACACCCGGCUGAUGCAGGAGAGGCAGUUGCAGAGGAUGCAGCUGGCUCAGAAACUGCAGCAGCAGCAAAGCAUGCUGGGACAGGUGUCGUUGCAGCAGCAGCAAAGCAUGCUGGGACAGGUGUCGCUGCAGCAGCCGCAGCAGCAAAGCAUGCUGGGACAGGUGUCGCAGCAGCAAAGCAUGCUGGGACAGGUGUCGCAGCCGCAGCAGCAAAGCAUGCUGGGACAGGUGUCGUCGCCGCAGCCGCAGCAGCAAAGCAUGCUGGGACAGGUGCAGCAGCAGCAAAGCAUGCUGGGACAGGUGUCGCAGACGCAGCAACAGCAGCAAAGCAUGCUGGGACAGGUGCAGCAGCAAAGCAUGCUGGGACAGGUGUCGUCAUCGCAGCAGCAGCAGCAAAGCAUGCUGGGACAGGUGUCGUCAUCGCAGCAGCAGCAGCAAAGCAUGCUGGGACAGGUGUUGCAGCCGCAGCAGCAGCAGCAAAGCAUGCUGGGACAGGUGUCGUCAUCGCAGCCGCAGCAGCAGAGCAUGCUGGGACAGGUGUCGUCAUCGCAGCCGCAGCAGCAGAGCAUGCUGGGACAGGUGUCGCAGCAGCAGAGCAUGCUGGGACAGGUGUCGUCAUCGCAGCCGCAGCCGCAGAGCAUGCUGGGACAGGUGCAGCAGCAGCAGCAGCAGCCCCCUGCUCCCCAGCAGGGCGGUGGGGGGCAGCCCAUGGUUCCGAAGCAGCAGGGCAUCCUGGUCCAGCAGCUCUCGCCGCAGCCGCAGCCAGGGAUGAUGGGGCACUCCCAGGCGUCCAUGCUGCAGCAUCAGGGCGUGGCGGGCCGCCAGAACCCCCCGAGGCAGGUGCUGUUAGCGCCCCACCAGCAGAGGGUGCUGGGCUCGCCUCAGCUGGUGCAGCAAACUCAGGGCCUCGUGGGCCACCGGCUGAUUUUAUCGCCGGCGCAGCAGCAGCAGGCCGGACUUCUGGGCCAGUCACGGCCCUUGCUGAUGCAACAGCAGCAGAGCUCUCGCGCCCAGCAUCAGGCCCUGCUGGGGCAGGGGCAGGCCGCCCAGCCGGGCCUCGUGGGGCAGGGGCAGGCUGCCAAGCAGCAGCUACCGCACUUUCCACAGCAUGGGGCCCUGGGUCAGUCCCCCUCCAUGCCACACUUGAGUCAGGGAGGUCAGCCAGCCCCGCAGGGCGUGGCCGCCAAGGAGCAGCAGGGAGGGGCAGAGAGCGCUGUGCUGCCCCCAGAGGGUGCCGAGGGCAGGGGGCAGCAUCAGGUUCAGCUGACCGCCGCCGUGGGUGGGCCGGGCAGCCAGGACCUCGGGGGGCAGCCGCACAUGGGCCCUCAGGAGCAGCCGGGCAUUCAGAACCUCAGUCCCCUGGCGCUGGCCAGCCAGGAGCAGCAGCUGCAGAAACACCAGCCUGAGCUGGGGCAGCAGCCGGCCAUGGCGAGCUCCCUGCAGCUCCAGCAGCCGCAGCGAAUGCAGGGGGGCCAGCAGCAAAGCAGCCUGCUUCAUCCGCCGCUGCAGAACAGCGGGGGGCUGGCGCAGCUGGGGGGCGCCAUGAGGCAAGAGCAGCCGCACUCGGACCCUGCCCAGGGGCCUCACUUGCUGGCCCCGCAGGGCUCGGUGGCAGAACAGCAACAGCAGCCCGGGAGCAUGACGAGCCAGGCACAAAGGAUUGCAGGCCAGCCGCCGACACAAAGCCAAGAACAGCAGCCGAAAGGGCCGGUGGGCCAGCGGCUUCCCAGCCCAGCAGGGCAGCACAAGGCUGGGCCGAUGGGGCAGCCGCAGCAGAGCCUGCUAGUCCCGCAGGCAUCCCAUGCACAGAGUAUCCUGAGCCAGGUGUCCGCUCCAGUGAUGGGCCAAUUCCGAGCUCAGCUGCAAGGCGUCAUCUCCAAAAGCCCGCAGCUGCGGCAUCUCACCCCGCAGCAGCAGCAGCAGCUGCAGGCCAUCCUGGUGCAGCGCCACCAGCAGAGCCUGCUGCAGCAGAGCCAGGCACUGAGGCAGGCCGGCCCCUUCCCGGGGCAGGCCCAGGCAUCGCUGGAGCAGGGGCCGCACCCUCCCUCGGCCCUGCAGGCCUCCGUGGUGCGCCAGCAACCGAGGCAGCCGGGGACGGUGUUCCACGUCCGGCCAGCCGGCCCCUCCGCUGCUGCAGAGCAGAUGCAGCCAGGGUUUGCCAUGGAGCAGGCGACCACCGGCCAGCAGAGAGUGCCGCUGAGCGCCCCCCAGCAGCCGCUGGCGGAACUGGUGCACACGGCACUGGUGGGGCGUAGUCCCCAGCAGGGGGUGCUCAGACUCUCGGCCCCGCCGGCGGCCACCCCGGUCCAGGCGCCCAUGAGCAUGGUCAGCCUGGGCUCUGUGCAUCAGCACCCCCCACCCAGCCGGGAACAGAGCCCCCAAGAGCCAAAGGAAGCCUCCCCGCCCACCCUGGCCAGGCCGCCCAGUGUGGCACAGAGCCCUGGGGCGCAGCCCGAGCACAGGCUGACGCCCACCCAGAAUAGCUUCCUGGUGGAGCCGGUGCCCGCUGUCCCAAAGCCACCCCCCAGCCAAACAGGGGAGGAGUCCUUUGCUGGGACCCCUGGCCACUGGGAGCCAGCAGUGCAGGGUCCCAACUCCUCUCCCAGCAUGGAGCCCAUGGAUGGAUCGAGAAAGCCACUGGACCGCAGCCUGGCCGGGAGUCAAGUCAACGGGCAGGUGGUAGAAAGGCCGGGCCCACAGGCCUCUCCUCUGGAAGGGGGGGCCCUGCCAACCGAGGCCCCUGGGGUCUGCAUCAAGCAGGAGCCCAAGGAGGAGACGGUGCCGUGCGUGCUGGGCGGGGGCCAGGCUGUGAAACGCGAGGCCAACGGGGAGCCGGCGCCCACCCCAGCCAACAAGCUCCUGAUGGGUAGCCAGCUGCUGGCGGGCGCCAGGUCUGAGGCUGGGCACCUGCUGCUGCAGAAGCUGCUGCGGGCCAAGAACGUGCAGCUGGCGUCGCAGCGCUCCGCCGAGGGGCUGCGGUCCGAGCUCAACGGGCACAGUGACGGCAAGCUCUCGGGGCUGGAGCAGAGGCUGCAGGCAGCACCCCCAGGCAGAGAGGAUCCCUCCGCCAGCAAGAAGCCCCCGGCCCCAAAGCCCAAACGGGCCCAGAAGAGCGGGGAGCGAGUGGCCGCCUCCCGCAAGAAGCUGCGCAAGGAGGAUGGGCUCAAAUCCAGCGAGGCCCUAAUGAAGCAGCUGAAGCAGGAGCUCUCCCUGCUGCCCCUGGUGGAACCCACCAUCACGGCCAACUUCAGCCUCUUUGCGCCCUUCGGCAGCAGCCCCAUCAACGGCAAGAGCCAGCUGAAGGGGGCAUUCGGCAGUGCCGUGCUGGACAGCGUCCCCGACUACUACACCCAGCUGCUCACCAAGAACAACCUGAGCAACCCGCCCACCCCACCCUCCUCGCUGCCCCCCACUCCGCCCCCCUCCGUGCAGCAGAAGAUGGUGAAUGGCGUCACCUCCUCGGAGGAGCUGGCCGAGCAGCCCAAGGAGCCGGACCAGGCCCGGGAAGCCGAAGGCCGGAAGGACGCGCCCGCCGUGGAAGUGAAGAGCCUGGACCUGCUGGCAGCCCUGCCUACGCCCCCGCACAACCAGACAGAGGACGUGAGGAUGGAGAGCGACGAGGAGAGCGACUCCCCCGACAGCAUCGUCCCCGCCUCGUCCCCAGAGAGCGUCCUGGGCGAGGAGCCGCCCCGCUUCCCCCUGCUGGCCGAGGCGAAGCCGGAGCUGCAGGAGCGGGUGCUGUCACCAGUCAUCCCCAUCAUCCCCAGGGCCAGCAUCCCAGUGUUCCCUGACCCGAGGCCCCCCGAGGCACGGGAGCCCUUCGGGGAGCACGGCGGGAAAGUGGCCCUGGCGCAGGGCAUCGCCUGGGAGAAGGGGAAGGGCAGCGAAGUCUCUGUCAUGCUGACCGUCUCGGCCGCGGCUGCUAAGAACCUGAACGGCGUCAUGGUGGCCGUGGCCGAGCUGCUGCGCAUGAGGAUCCCCAGCUCCUACGAGGUGCUGUUCCCCGAGAGCCCAGUGCGGGGCUCCGGGCCUGAGGCCAAGAAGGUGGAGACGGACGGGGCUGGGGGGCUCGGCGGCAAGGCCAAGGCGGCGCUGGCAGGGAAAGCCCCCGACGCUGGCACGGAGUGGCUGAAGCAGUUUGACGCCAUGCUGCCGGGGUACAGCCUCAAGAAUGAGCUGGACAUCCUGACGCUGCUCAAACAGGAGAGCCCAGCGCUGGAGAAGGCCGUGCAGCACUGCUACGUGAACAAUGUUUCCAACCUGGACGUGCGUCAGCUCUCCGUCCUGCCCCAGGAGCCAUCCCCACCCCUGUCCCCCCUCGUCCCCUCCCCUGCCAGCCCCGCCCCUGGGGACAGGAUCCCUGAGGCGCCCCCCGAGGCGGCCCCCGCGCCCCCCUCCCCGCCCGCCCUCUCCCCGCCCUCCAAGGAGGAGGCGGCCCGUUCGCCGCCCAAGCUCAAGCAGCGCUCGCGGCCCCCGGAGGAGGGAGAGGAGCCCCGGCCCCGGCUCAAGAAGUGGAAGGGGGUGCGGUGGAAGCGGCUGCGCUUCCUCAUCACCAUCCAGAAGGGCGGCGCCAAGCAGGACGGCGAGAAGGAGAUCUCCGAGUUCAUCGAGAAGCUGGGCACCACCCUGCGGCCCGAGAAGGUGCCCCGGGACCUGCGCAAAUGCUGUUUCUGCCACGAGGAGGGGGACGGUGCCACUGACGGGCCCGCCCGCCUCCUCAACCUUGACCUGGACCUCUGGGUGCACCUGAACUGCGCCCUGUGGUCCACCGAGGUGUACGAGACGCAGGGCGGGGCGCUGAUCAACGUGGAGGGGGCGCUGCACCGAGGGCUGCUCACCAAGUGCUCCCUGUGCCAGAAGACGGGCGCCACCAACAGCUGCAACCGCAUCCGCUGCCCCAGCGUCUACCACUUCGCCUGCGCCAUCCGGGCCAAGUGCAUGUUCUUCAAGGACAAGACCAUGCUGUGCCCGCUGCACAAGCUCAAGGGCCCCUGCGAGCAGGAGCUCAGCACCUUCACCGUCUUCCGGCGUGUCUACAUCGAGCGGGACGAGGUGAAGCAGAUCGCCAGCAUCAUCCAGCGCGGCGAGCGCCUGCACAUGUUCCGCGUGGGCGGCCUGCUCUUCCACGCCAUCGGCCAGCUGCUGCCCCACCAGAUGGGCGACUUCCACAGCGUCACGGCCCUCUACCCCGUGGGCUUCGAGGCCACCCGCAUCUACUGGAGCCUGCGCACCAACAACCGCCGCUGCUGCUACCGAUGCACCGUCUGCGAGAACAACGGGCGCCCCGAGUUCGUGGUGCAGGCCAUCGAGCAGGGCCUGGAGGACCUGGUCUUCACUGACGCCUCGCCACAGGCCGUUUGGAACCGCAUCAUCGAGCCAGUGGCGGCCAUGAGGAAGGAGGCCGACAUGCUGCGGCUCUUCCCCGAGUACCUGAAGGGCGAGGAGCUCUUUGGUCUCACGGUGCACGCCGUGCUGCGCAUUGCCGAGUCCCUGCCUGGCGUGGAGAGCUGCCAGAAUUACCUGUUCCGCUACGGGCGCCACCCCCUGAUGGAGCUGCCGCUCAUGAUCAACCCCACCGGCUGUGCCCGCUCCGAGCCCAAGAUCCUCACCCACUACAAACGGCCCCACACCCUGAACAGCACCAGCAUGUCCAAGGCCUACCAGAGCACCUUCACGGGGGAGACCAACACGCCCUACAGCAAACAGUUUGUGCACUCCAAGUCCUCGCAGUACCGCCGCCUCAAGACCGAGUGGAAGAACAACGUGUACCUGGCGCGCUCCCGCAUCCAGGGGCUGGGGCUCUAUGCCGCCAAGGACCUGGAGAAGCACACCAUGGUCAUCGAGUACAUCGGCACCAUCAUCCGCAACGAGGUGGCCAACCGGCGCGAGAAGAUCUACGAGGAGCAGAACAGAGGAAUCUACAUGUUCCGCAUCAACAAUGAGCACGUCAUCGACGCCACGCUGACGGGGGGUCCUGCCAGGUACAUUAACCACUCCUGCGCCCCAAACUGUGUGGCUGAGGUCGUGACCUUCGACAAGGAAGAUAAGAUCAUUAUCAUUUCCAGCCGCCGGAUUCCCAAAGGGGAGGAGCUGACCUACGACUACCAGUUUGACUUUGAAGACGAUCAGCAUAAGAUCCCCUGCCACUGCGGAGCCUGGAACUGCAGGAAAUGGAUGAACUAGCCACCACGGGGCCACCAGUCACAGGCAGCCCCAGGGGCACAGCAGAGCCUGCUGAAGGAGGCCUCUGUUGCGGGUUCUCCUCCCCCUUUGCCAUGCUGGGGGCGGGGGACGCAGAGACGGCGCAGGGGAAACGUCCCCAUCUGGAGCCCAGGAAGCGAGGUUGGUGCAGGUGGGUCAGCCGGGGCCACCUUCGGUUCCAAAGGCGAGGUGGCUCCAGGGGGCGCCCGUCCUUGCUCACACCCAUCGGAUGCUGCCCGCCUCACCUCCACGGGGAGGGCGUAUCGAAAAGACCAGGGACCUCGGUGCUCUCCCUAGCCACUCCAGCCCUGCGCGCCUCGGCCCUGGGCCUCUGCUGGCAGGGCGCUGCUCUCCCCGGGUGGGUGGCCGCAGCGCCAUGAGUGGAACCGAUGAACUGGCAACUCAGGGUUUUCUUUGUUUUGUUUUGUGAGGAGGGUGGGGCCUGUGGCACCAACAAAACCUGCCCUGUCCGCCUUGCUCACUGUAAAUAACUGGAUGGAUGCGGGGUGAUCGGGGUGCUCCAGCUUGGAGUCCGGGGCGGGGCGGCCGAGGUAUCGGACCCACGGGGAGCUCAGAUCCAGUCAGUCUGUUUAAAAAAAAAAAAAAGAAACUAAUAAUAUUUGCUCGCUAACUUACCAAGGUAACAAAGAGACUCCUUGAGCUUGACAAUCCCAAACCUCCCAGCCCGGCUCUCUGGAGACAGACAGAGCUCGCUUGGGCUUUGGUUUAUUUCUUGUUCCGCCAACAAAAGCACCGUGAGCAUGUGAAGGAGGCACCCGCUGCUGGAGCAGAGCUGGGGAGAGCCGCGUGCAGAAAAGGGCUCCCCACCCCCAUGGACGCAAGGAGCCUCUGCACCCAAACCUACCUCAUUUUAAGUGUUAGAUUCUGCUGUUUUCAAUGUGACCCUCCCUCCGAGACUGACCACACGCAACCUUCCUCGUUCUGAAUGAGAACUAGUGGCCGUGGGGGGAGCCUGGAGCAGAGGGAGAUUGUUGCCUUGAGCUCUGACCUGGUUCUGCCUGGAAGGAGAGAGACCAUAAAAUAUCCCAGGAUCCCCUCCCCCCACCUGUGGGGUCCGCCCGGUUAGGUGCACAGGUGUGUUCCUGGCGACUCCCACACCGUGCACAAAGCUGGGCACUCUGCUGCCAGCCCAGAGGCAGAGCCCAGGAGAGGUGGGGGUUCGGGGCUUGAAUUAGAACGUGCCAAGACCCUGGCCCUGCUUCCACCCACCUUCCCAGCCCGGCGCAAGCAGCCCCCGAGCACCGCUGCUGGACACUGAGCCCAGCAUGUCGGGGAGACCAGGUGUCCGUUCAAGCCCCUGGGGCUGGAGGAGCUGAGCUCCAUGGGGAGCCUGGUUUCAGGCUGAGAGUUGACUGCUGCUGCCAUACUCCUAAGUCUGGGGGUGGGGUAGGGGGCCGAGCUCUGCUCUGGGCCCUGCCUCAGCCACUCCGCUCCCCCACUAACCAGCCCCCCUUUCACUAGCAGAACUGCUGCUCCAGGCUGGCCUGAGGAGGCUGUCUGGGUCUGUAAUGUCGGUGUGGUAUGGGGGGUAUUUAUCUAUUUAUACCUUAGCUUGUAUAUAUUAGAAUCUUGGGGGGCUCUCUUCUGUGCUCUGCUUGGCUGAGAUUUUGGACUGUGCGGGAGGGGAGAUCUUGGGGGGGAAGGGGGGGCAUGUUCCAUAACUCAACCAAGGGGAGCAAACAUCCUCCCCACUCCCUGCUCUUGUCUUCAUUGUUAAAUAGAAACCCUGUAUGUGACGGGGUCCAGGAGCCUCCUGCCAGGCGUGGGCUCCCCAGGGAAGGGAGAGGAUUGGUGACAUUACAAACCGGGCACCACGUCUCGCCCUCCAGCCUCCCCCUGCCACAGCGCCCUCUUGCUGACGGUUGAAUGCUCAUCCAGGAGGGACCUUCUAAGACUGCUGUAAACCAGAUGGGGCAGGAGGUCCCGCUCUCGCUGCCCCUUUCCAGUAAACUGUAUCGUUUGACAUCUCUUAACGCACAAAGGCCUGACACCCCCACCCCCCCGGGGGUGGCAUAGGGAAUAGCACAGGUGUGAGGAAAGAAGCAGAACGAACUCCUGCAGUGCCCCCCCAUGCCACAGCUGCCUGGCUCAGCUGAGGAGGGGUCUCUUUUGUAUUAAACUUCCUUCCCCUCCGGGGGCAGGAGAGGGAAUGAAAUGAAGUGAGAUUAUUUUGGGGGGAGUGAAAUCUGGGGGAGGGGGCCCCAGGGCAUUUUAUGUUUUUAAAUCAAAAGAUUUUGAGUGAGAGAGAAGAAGUGUCGCGUUUUUAAAAAGCUGCUUCUGCAACUAUUCAAAGCUGCAAAAGGUUUAAAAUGAAAUGUUGGAACUCGGGGUGAGGGCAGGGAAUAAUAAAAUAAAAACUAUACACAAAAUUUAAAUUUAACCCUGUAAAUAAAAUGGGAGCUGUGUAGAGAAAAAACUGUUUUUACCAAUAAUAAAACCACUGGAUGUUAUUUUAAAAUAAAGAUGUGUGAGAGAGAAAAAGCCAGUAUAACUUUUUUUGUUUUUUUCCAUUAACUUGGAAGGCUGUAAAGUGUAUAAAAUAAAAAUUUAAAAAAUUACUACAAAAAAACAAUUAAAGCUGGGAAAGAGGAAAGAAAAUACCAGAAUAUAGCAGGAUGUAAGACUUUUUAGACUAUGGUUAGAGUAUAAAAUAGUCCUGUAGAUUUUAGCUGGGGAGGGGGGAACCCUAUACAGUUUUUAAUUUUUAUAUAAACUAUAAUCCAGCCCCAGAGCUGACAUUUGAUUUUUUUUAAAGUUCUCUGCUUGUAAAAUUGCAUUCAAAGCCUUGUCCAAUACUUCUGUUUGUUUACAGUUGCAGAUAUUAUCUUCUAAGUUUUACCUUUUAUGACCCUGAAAUAACCAUUUAUUAUUUUGUUGGGUUUUUUAAAAAAAAUAAAGUUUAAAAUAAAACUAUGGCAAGCGUGGACUCUGUGAGGAAUCUUCCUGUGUGUUUUGGGGUUUUAUUUUUUGUGUGUACCCUGUACAGCGAGGUGGUCCUUCGUAACAAAGAAAAGAAUGGAAAAAAUAAAAUUAUUCCUUUUUUAAGAAAAACAAAAAAAUGAACUUGUAUGUGGCAUGUUUUGUAUUGGAUAUAAUUUUGAAAUGUAUAUAAUUUAUGUUUAAAGAGGCAAAGAGUGAGUUUCAAAUUUUGCUUCUCUGAGUUUGUUUUUAAAGGAAAAAAAUAAAAGUGCAUUUUAAAUACUGGGUGA